GCUUUGACGAAAUGAUUAGGUCAUUGUAUCUGAAACGGAGGUACUCUCAGCUGGUAUAUCCUAUUAAACAAGUCCAAACCACCCGUCUGCAAAAACUGCUCGUUCGGAACUUGGCCACCGUUAUAAACCGUCAAACAUAUAUAAUUCCCGAACCAAAAAACUGCUCACAAAUCACGCCGUCCUAUGCAAAAUUAGUUGAAAACCUAUCUGUUGUUCAACGAGCUUUGGGUGGUCAGCCUUUGACCCUAGCCGAAAAGAUUUUAUACGCGCAUUUAUGUAACCCGCAUGAAAUUGAUAAGAUUGUUAGAGGAGAAACUUAUCUAAAAUUGAAACCCGAUCGUGUUGCCAUGCAAGAUGCUUCAGCUCAGAUGGCAAUUCUACAAUUCAUGCUUUCUGGAAUGUCAAACACUGCUGUUCCGUCCUCAAUUCAUUGCGAUCAUUUGAUCGAAGCAUUUGAGGGUGCUGAUAAAGAUGUUAAGACUGCAGAAAUUAAGAACAAAGAAAUUUUUAAUUUCUUACAAAGUUCGGCUGAAAAAUAUGGAAUUGAAUUUUGGAAGCCUG